AGAAGCACAAAACGUCCGAAUUAGGGUUUGGGAUGCGAGGACUUCCGAGGGGUCCGACAUUGCAGCGGAGCGAAGAAUGACGUCGCCGCAGAAUCCAAUACCCGAUUUUUUGUCGAAACAAAUGAUGAACAAACAAUGGGGCAACUACGUCCCAGCGCGAUGCAAACCGACUAAUGGUACAGCGACCGAAAUCUGACACAACUUUGACUUGCGGUGGAACGCACUCCUCCACUGGGCCCUCCCUCCCUCCCCGACAAUCGUGCAACGAAAUCAGUUCGACAAUUUCAAUACCACAAUCAUCUGUCCCGUUCCAUCUCUCACAAACCUUUUGCAACAGAAAGCUACUCACGAGCUAAUUUCGCCCAUCGUCCACACAACACCGAAUGGUCUAGUCUUAGAAGCCUCAGUGGCGCUGUCUUUAGAUUAGCGGCCAUGCAAGUGAGUUUAUGUCAAGCACGACUUGAUGAUGAUCAUGCGUCAAAGUUUAAUGACCCCAUGGUGGAGGGCGCCCCCCUUUCCCCGCCUCCUCCUCCUCCCCUGUGUGUGGUUUUUUUUAAGAUGUUUUCAGUAGGUUAUAGAUCGGUAGUUGCAGUUUUAGUGAGAAUCGUCGAUCCUUUGGGUUGCAAGGAAUUAUUCCAAUGGGGAAUGGUGUUUGGGAUCUUUGAGGUUGCUUUUUCGAACCGUGAGACCUCGAUUCCUCGCCUUGCAUGGUCAAUGUGGUCAUGCGGAGGUCUCUGAGGUUUAGGGGGGUCUUGUGUGUCUAGUCCAGGGUGUUGCGUGGGUUGCCUGGCGAUCUGGGUUUCUGUAUUGUGGGUCUUGGGUUUUUAGAGACGGUUUAGUGUGCUGGAGAUGGGUUUUGUGAUUGUUGCUUGAUCGGCUGUGAUUGUGUUCAUUGUUGUGUUGUAAGAUUCCCCUGCGUACUCUUUCUUGUUGUGUUUUUGCUUCUUCUUCUCACAUUAUCUGUGGAUUUAUAUUGGGUUUCCUGGGUGUGAUCGAAUACGUCCGAUUUAGACGGAUCAAGCGUAUGGCUGAAUGCGAGUGGUAUGGUGGUCGGGAUUCUGUUCCAGCGAUGCUUGCAAGAAGUUCAAACACUUAAGCGUUUUUCUUUCGUUUUUAUUUAUUUAUUUAUUUAUUUCUCCUUCUGUCUGGCUAGUCUAGCGGGUGCGAUCUGGGGGGACAUCGAGUCCUAGAUAUCGAGCUUUGGUAUUGUAAGAGAACACGCUCUUUCAUACUUGGGAAGAUUUAGGGCAGAUUAAAGGGUAUACUGCAAUGGAGAAGCAAUGCAUGCCAUGUCUGAUCAACGACAUGUAUACGAGAAUGUGAAAUUCAGUGCACAGAGCAGUGGAACUCCAGGAAAUCGAUUGUGCAUGCAAUGGCAGUAACAUUUUCUUGUUUGAAUUGAAAUCUUUAUCAAAAUGCACAGUGGUUUGGGUAGUUUUAGGUUUAGGGACAGGCAGCGGAGGAGAAAGCCACGUGCAUGGUGUCUUUGCGUGGGAGUUUUAGUGAUGGUAUGUAUCACGGUGCUGGUAUUCACGUCGAAGAAUCUCAACUAUUCUGCAAGGAACAUGAACCUCAACCCCUGUGAAUUGUUCGGCGGAAACGUGUGCGCGGAUUUUUUUAAUCAAGCUGCUCCUGCUAGACCGCUGACGGACCAGGAGCUUGCCAUGCGAGUGCUCUCACAAGAUUUGCUCUCAGAACGACCCAGCGAAGAUGUGAAACCGAAGAUUGCGUUCAUGUUCUUGACUGCAGGCAACUUACCAUUUGAAAAAGUUUGGGAGGAAUUCUUUGAGGGUCACGAGGGUUUAUACUCAGUCUACGUGCAUGCCUCUAAACGUGCUGAAUUGAAGAGCGUUUGGAACUCCUCUGUAUUCAUCAACCAGGAAAUUCGCAGCCAAGAGGUCUAUUGGGGAAAGAUAGAAAUGAUUGAUGCCGAGAGGCGUCUUCUUGCCCAUGCGCUUAUGGAUUUAGACAACCAGUACUUUGCCCUAAUAUCUGAAUCGUGUAUACCACUGUAUAACUUUAACUACACCUAUGAGUAUCUACUUGGUGCUCACAUGAGUUUUGUGGACUGCUUUGAUGAUCGUGGCCCUCAUGGGCAAGGUCGUUACCAUGACAAAAUGGCCCCUGAAGUACCACGUGAAUCUUGGAGAAAGGGGGCUCAGUGGUUCGCCGUCAAUCGGAAACAUGCGCUGCUGAUUGUGUCUGAUUAUCUUUAUUACAAUAAGUUCAAAAAUUAUUGCAAGCCUGGACCAGAAAAUAAGAACUGCUACCCCGAUGAACACUACAUUCAGACGUUCUUAUACAUGAUGGAUGCGGCCCACCUUUCAAAUUGGACUGUGACCCAUGUUGAUUGGUCAGAGGGUAAAUGGCAUCCUAAGUCUUAUGAGAAGACUGACAUCACGGAAGACACUCUUCGAUCUAUUCAGUCUAUCAAGAAGCACGAACACGUUACGAGCGAUGGUCAUCCUAUACGAACCGUGUUGCCAUGCAUGUGGAACGGUCGCCAACAACCUUGCUUCCUGUUUGCUCGAAAGUUCGUCCCAGAAACAGCUGAGCCCCUCUUAGGACUGCUGCCGAACAACAUUUGGAAAAGACCACUACCCAGCUCACAAUCUGAAAACAAUGAUGGGAAAAAUGGGUGAUUUCAUUGACAGACUCGGAAGGUUUCCAGUGCAUGAUCUUCACCACUUGAAGCGUGGCUUGUUGCACAUUGGUAAUCACUGUAAACUUAGUGAUUACAAUUAAGUCGAGGCUUAUUAAGAUUGAAUAAGAAGAAGAAAGAAGCCAACAGGUUGUGCACGACUGGGCAUGUGCUACGUAACGGUGAUGACUUAAUGCAAAUGUCACUGAAUAUUAUCCCGCAUGUCAAUUAGAAUUGUUUUCUAUUCAAAUGUGAAUCAAUGUGGUUCGUUUCCUGCUGAACUCCAAGUUGUUCACAUAAUUUUUUAAAUCUUCAUGACAUUAUCCGACAUUCAAUUUGAACAUGA